AAAAUGGUUACAUUAUAAAGCGUGUUUUUUAGAAGAUGAUAUCCAACUUUGUUGUAACAUGUGCUUUGCUUCUCAAUGUUUACAUGAUCUCUAUUUACUCCUUAAUAUGAAAUUUUUGUUGCAUCUUUAACUAUUGAAGGUAUGGAAAAAGCUGUUGAAUCCAGAAUUAAAGGAAAUUUUCGUCGAAAAACCCAAAACAUUACUAGAAUGGUUAAAGAAGAUUCGUGUUGUAUCUCAUGGUGUGCCUGAUACUGAGCUAGCCAGCAUUGAAUAGAGAAAGUUACUUUCUUCGUUGCUUUAUUAUGCAUUGGCUUGAAUUUGGUCAGCUGUGACAGUCAGAUUGAAGAUGUCCAAUUCCUUACUGAGGCUUCUGAGAAAUACAGUCCUGCUUUGGUCAAGAAUUUGAUUUUGGAGCGAAUCAAUCACGAGAUGCAACAGAUAAAAGUCAUCAAUUCGACAAUUGGCCUCACCGAUGAACAAGUGAAUCUCUGUGAAGUUAUUCUCAACAGUUAUGCUGUCCUCGCAUCUGAUAUCCAGUUGAUGGAUGAAAGUCAAGUCAUUUGUGGUGAUACUACUUAUGAUAAGACAAUCAAAGGUUUCAUUUCUCAUUUCGCAUUAUUGACUGAAACAUUCAAUCGAGAAUUUGAAUUACUCAAGAUUCCCAAUUUGACUCCUGAUACACCAGCAGUUCUUCUCGAAAAGAAAAUCACUGAUUCCCCAUCAUUCAAUUAUCUAAAAUCCAAAUCACUUGCUUCUAUCAAAAUCUUUAUGAAUGAUAUUAAGACAUACAAUUCAACUAGCAAUGACGACCUCGUAAAAGCAAUGUCCGGCGCUUCUUAUCGAGAGCUUGAAAACACUUAUGACAAAAUCAAUCUUAUAACCGAUUCUACUCCCAACUACAGAAAUAUCAUACACGAUGCUUUGGUUCGAUUUGGACAAAUCAUCGAUGUAUUCUACAGACAAUAUCGAAUUUUAUCAAACAAAUGAAAGUUUAAAAUUUUUGUUAACUCAUUUCUAGUAAAAUUUAUCAAUAAAAUAUUAG